AUGGCCAGAUCAAAGAGAGGGGGCAAGUCCCCCAUGAAGAGCGCCAACGGCCAGUUCAGCGGCUCUGAGGGCCGCCGAUCGAGCUUCAGCGACAAGAGCGAAGAGGGGUCCCCAACAAGAACCAGGGCGCAGAACCAGGCCAAGCUGGCGGUUGUCGAAGAGAAGCCCACGACUGCCGCAGAGAAACAGGCCGAGUACGAGAAGAAGAAGGCGAAUUUCUGGACGCGAACGCUAUGGACGCUGGUCAUGAUCUCUGGCUUCUUCGGCGCAUUGUUCAUGGGCCACAUUUACAUGAUUGCCAUUGUCACUGCAGUCCAGAUCAUCUCCUUCAAGGAAGUCAUUGCCAUUGCCAACGUUCCCAGCCGAGCCAGAUCUCUGCGCUCCACCAAGAGCCUGAACUGGUAUUUCUUGGCCACCACCAUGUAUUUCCUCUACGGCGAGAGCGUCAUCUACUACUUUAAGCAUAUUGUUCUUGUUGACAAGGUGCUUCUUCCUCUGGCUACCCACCAUCGCUUCAUCAGCUUUAUGCUCUAUGUCUUUGGAUUUGUCUUUUUCGUUGCCUCACUUCAAGCCGGCAACUACAAAUUCCAAUUCACCAACUUUGCUUGGACUCACAUGGCCCUGUACCUUAUUGUCGUGCAGGCCCAUUUCGUCAUGAACAACAUCUUUGAGGGAAUGAUUUGGUUCUUCCUGCCAGCGGCCCUAGUCAUUACCAACGACAUAUUUGCCUACAUCUGCGGCAUCAUGUUUGGUCGCACACAACUCAUCAAGCUCUCGCCAAAGAAGACGGUUGAAGGAUUUGUCGGUGCUUGGAUCAUGACCGUCCUCUUCUCCUUUUUGCUUGUCAACAUCCUGAUGCGCUCCAAAUACUUUAUCUGCCCCGUCAACGAUCUGGGCGCCAAUGUCUUCACCGGACUCAAAUGCGAUGUCAACCCCGCCUUCGUGCCUCACACCUACGAGCUCCCACAAUUCUUCUUCCUGCCACCAAACACCAGCUUCUCCCUAACGUUUGCGCCGAUGCAACUGCACGCCCUGGCCCUGGCCACCUUUGCAUCUCUCAUUGCUCCCUUUGGUGGCUUUUUCGCCUCCGGCCUUAAGCGCACUUUCAAGAUCAAGGACUUUGGCGACUCUAUCCCUGGACACGGUGGCAUGACGGAUCGAAUGGAUUGCCAGUUCAUCAUGGGCUUCUUUGCCUACAUGUACUUCCACACCUUCAUCGAGGUUCACAAGGUUUCUCUGGGCAGCGUCCUAGAGACGGCCAUUACCAGCCUGGCCCCCGAGGAGCAGGUCGAGCUAGUCAAGAGCAUGUGCCGAUAUCUCAGCAACCAGGGUCUUAUGCCCCAAGAGCUGCAAGCUUGCCUCGAGAGAGCCACGUCUUCAUAA